AUGCUCACCUCACUCGUCUUCACCGCCUGGAUGGUCCUAGCGGCGCCCGUCGUCACUGCAUUCAGCUUCACAACGCCCACCCCAGGCACAGCGCUGAAUCUCUCCGCCCCGACAAUUGACAUCCAAUGGGCUCCCGAGAAUGCUCAGUACUCCCAAUUCGACCUCGCAUUCGAGGGUCAGUCCGCCAAGGGGACCGGGUUUUCCUACACCAUCGCCCAGAAUUUGUCCGUUCCCGAGGGCCACUACACAUGGCACCCCUCCAACGUCUCCGCGGCAUUGGAGAACAGCAAAGUGACCUUGACGCCCGGCAGCAAUUAUUACUUCAAAGCUGAACUGCACGAUUCCGACUCCAGCGCCGGUGCGCAGCUGAGCUCGGGGAACUAUGCUGUGACGGGCUAUCAACACAUCUCCGCCGCCCUCCAUCUACAGCCGCACCUCGGUGCUGCAUUGUUGGUCGUCGCUUCACUGUCGAUCGCACUUUCUGGGUGUUGA